GUUUGAGCCGAGCCGCUCGCCGUACCGGGGGCCACCGCCUCUCGCGCAUGCGGGGUAGCGGGGCCGUAGAGGGCGCCCGGCCGGCGGGGCGGAAGGACGUUGGUGGGUCCGAGCUGAGCUGAGGCCUGAGCUGAGGAAAUACAACGACCAUGUCGUCUGCACUAUUGCCUAAGCCACAAAUGCGGCGCCUUUUGGCCAGGCGGAUGAAGUUUCACCUAUUUGGGGCAUUUUUUGUGUCUGUGGGAUGUGCGGCUUUAUACAAGUUUGGAGUUGCUGAACCCAGAAAACGAGCUUAUGCAGAAUUCUACAAAAACUAUGAUGCCAUGAAGGACUUUGAAGCCAUGAGAGCAGCUGGUGUGUUUGAGUCUGCACCGCCCAAAUGAUGUUUAACCUGCAUUUACAGAUCUCCUUCAGUCUAAGGAGACUCGAUGACUGAACUGCAUUUGUUCACUGAACUGUAAAGUGUAAUGCACUUUGGUGCAUGGCAUGCUCUAAUGUAAUUCAAUAAAUAAAAUACAUAUGUCAGUGGCA